AUGACAAUGCUCUUAGAUUUCAGUCUCUCCGGAAGCACUAGUGGCACCAUUAGACAGCACACCAAUUUAGUCAUGAACGCAGCUAUUGCGCUCAAAGAGAGACAAGUGAUAGUUGUACAAAUUGAUCAGGCCUUCGAUGGUGUUUCUGGUGUUCAACUGAGAAUAUACAUUUAUUCACUUCUUUACUUGUAUUUACAUGAAAUGUGUGAAAUAUCGAUAAAUAUCAAAUAUUUAGAUGCUCGAAGUGCCCACCGUCGUUUUGGCUACGGUAGAUCAUUCGUCGAAUGGUGUUGGCGAGCACUUUCUGCAAUGUCUCCAACAACUUCAGCCUAUACGCGUUCACAAUGUUCUCCUUCAGCUCAUCCAG